UAACUGUUAGUGUUGUCAUUGUACCACUUUUUAGCCCAGUAAAAAUGCAUGUAGACUCAGCCAAGAGUUGGCGUCGAAAAUCUUUUUAAUUUUUUUAUUUUGCGUGUCAGAUCCUAAAAAGAAAAAGAAAACCUUUAACCUAAGCGUUGCUUUGAAAGUGUUGACAAACUGCCUGCUCGGAAACCACCAGUCGGAAGCUAACUUCAUCGUCGUGGCCGAGGAGCUACUUCUAUUUACAACAACAUAAUGGAGCCCAGAUGGUCGAAGAACGUUUGCAUGGGUGUUUUAUGGUCUGGGUGUUUGCUAUGCGUUAUAUUUGUCACAGGACCUGCAUGUGCAAUCACCAUAUACGCUGACUCUGAAGUGAUCGUGCAGAACGGCACAACGGCGGUCCUGCGAUGCACCUUUGACUCCAGUGAAGUGGUGACCAAAACCACCAGUGUGAGCUGGUCCUUCCAGUCCAAUCAGCCCGACAGUCAGUACUUCUCAGCUCCAUACGUGAUUUUCUACUUUUCUGAUGGAAAAGCAUAUCCAGGACAAGAAGAAUUCAAACACAGGGUUCAGUUUGUCGGAGACAUCAACAAGAAGGACGCCUCGAUACAGCUGAGUCCGGCUCAGUUCAGCGACAACGGGACCUUCUUCUGCGACGUGAAGAACCCRCCCGACGUGUCGGGAACUCAGGGCCGAACGGAGCUCAGGGUCGUUCAGAAAGCAGAGUCUCUCCCUCAGACCAACACUAAGAUUGUAAUCUUAGCAGUGUGUGGUGCUUUAAUUCUGCUCAUCGCCGUCGCUAUAGCUGCCUGCUUCGCCGUACGGGUGAUUCAAAACCGGCACGAUUACGAAGGAUGUACGUCCCUGGAAGGCGCGAGCUCUGAAGCUCCGCGGCCGCUAAAGAAGGCGGAGUCCAGCAGGGAGGGCACCAGGUCAACCAGCCCCUCGGGUCCGCUGCAGGUAGGAGCUCCAGGACGAAGAAAUCCACCGGGUGCCACUCUUUCAAAGGGCCCGGUGAUAUACGUCCAGUUGGAUCACUCAGGCAGUAAAAACUCGUUCCAUAAGAUGGAGCCCGUGGUCUAUGCUGACAUCCGUAAAAACUAAAGAUGGGGACCAAAACAAAAAAAAAAAACUAAAAGAAAAGAACAAAACAAAAGAAAACAUAGUAAAGUAUGAGACCUCUCAUUUAGCUGCUCUUGGGAAGGGUGGGAAAGGUUUUAACAGGGACAGAACUGGUGCAGUUUCUCUCUCUACUCUCUUUUUUCUCCAUAUUUUGUCCUAUGAAAGCAUGUUAUAUGAUAAACUAAUGUAUUAGUUGUUGACUUAAAGAAAAAAAAAGCUACGAAAACACUCCAGUUGAUACUACAUCAUAUCAGCCUUUAAAAAGUUCUUCAACACAGGGAUCAAAGUAAAAAUAAUGCCUUCAUUGACAUCAUUCCAAGUGUAAAUUAUUUUAUUUUAACUCUUGAAUUGUUGUGCCCCCCUUAACCACCUAGUCGCCUCAGACACACCCAGCAUAUUACAGAUCUGCAGGCUGUUGCACCAAGUCAGCUAACACUUACUGACUUCCAUGUCUUAACAAGUGAAGGCUAAAGUCAUGCAGAGAUUUCUGUUUCAUCAAAUGAAUAAUCAGUUUCAGUGAAAGAAAACGGCAUUGCUUGCUACACAAUGAAAACUCCUGAGCAUGCUGUAUGGAAAUCAGUUUGACUCUUAUUUAUCUCAAUUUGAUGGAGGACAAUAUUUUUGUUUCAUACAAAGUUAUAUGCAUUUUUUUUAAAUUAAAGAGUUGUACGUCGGCUGACAUCAGAGUAGGGCUGAAUCCCAUUAAGUUUAACACUCAACCUCCAAUGAUGCAUAAAAUACACCCUAAGGAAACAGGAAACUCCUUGUGAUUUAUUACAAUUAAAUAAAAUAUGUUUUUACCUGAUUUCAGACACAUGAAAUCAUAUUUAGCUGCUUUUUGAUUUGUCUUUUUGAACAUGUCCUACCCGAUGUUUGGCAUUUAAGAUGUUCCAUACCAGCCAGAUGUCAACUUGCUUCCCUUUUAGACGUUUCAUACGCACUUCAACUACAAAUUAAGAGUAUUUUAUACUGAUAAUUUAGUGUAAGAACAUGUUUACCAAUAAAUCCAAGGUCACUCAGUCUCACCCAAAAUAGAUGAAAAUCUUCCACAAAAAACAUAUGGAUUGAAUUCAUUAAAAUCUUUGUGCCGUAUUAACCCCUUAAAAGAGUGCCCCAGUUAUGUUUUAUGUACUGUUUGAAUUACAUGCUGGGACAUCAGGGAAGUGAGGAUGAUGGGAUUCAGCCAAACGAGCUCAGAUUGUUUCCUAAAAGUCAGGUUCUGCUCCUCAUUUAAGAUCCUGACAUCAUGGUGCUUUGAGUCGACAAUGUUUACCCUGAUGAAAUGCAGGCAAUGUCAAACUUAAAAAAAAAAAAAAAAAAAAGCAAAGGUACAUAAGUUAAAGGUGCGCUGUAAAUACACAACACCAUCUGUGCUUUCUCUGGUGAUGAAAUGUGAGAGGAGUCUAAACAUACAGAGAAAAAAUGUAGACUUUAGAAAGAUGAGAUGGUAAAAAUGAAUCUACUUUUCAAUUAUUUUAUGUCAGUUUUUUUUAUCUGACUGUGGCUUAGCUUUUUUUUCAUACCUGAUAGUCCGGUAGACUCAAUUCAGUUAGGAACCAAAAUUGCAGCAUUUGCUAAAUUUUCAGCUGCUGUAGUUCUCUUUAACAACAAUGCACUGUCUCAAAUAAUACUUUGAACCAGUCUUUCUCUCCUCGCCUGUGGUGGCGCUGCACCAAGAACCACUGAAGGAAAUGUCACAAAAACCUCUGAAGAAGACACUAAGAACAACUUCCUUCUUAACAAAAUGUAAACAAAAAUGUAGACGCAUUAGAUUUUAGCGGUUGUAAGAUUUCUCUUAUGGCUUUGCCUGCUACCGUUAGACUUGUGCGAUUUAAUUUGGUUUUAUUUACCCAGAAUGCCCUGUGCUGUAGUCCGCUUCCUGCUUCUGGAGUGGUCUUCGGUCCAGUUGGCAUUCACAUAAGCAUCCAGACCGCUUCAGAGGUCGAUUAACUCCUCCCAAAACAAAUCAGACUUUCUAGGCGAACCAACUGCAGUUUUGUUAAAGCAGACUAAACAGGGCUGAAGUGAAUGCAACCAUUGGGUAGAGCAUUUCCAUCUGUGCACCUUACAAACAGAACCAAACGCUGCAAGAAAAAGAUCCGUCCAAACAUAUGGCCACUUGCACUAAAUGAAGUUUUUAUGUUUUUAUCCAAAAGGUUAACGCAUCUGCAAAAUGUUUUUAUUCUGGUUUGCAGCACAGUUUCAGGAAUUUAAACACUAUGAAUACUAAUACUAAACUAUGAAUACUAAUACUAAACACUUAGCAACAGUUCAUAAGAUGUGAUAGCUAAAAACAAAAACAUAUUCUUAAGCAUUUGGCUGCAAAGGAUAAUUUUGAGCUUCAAUAGGGACUCAAAAUUUAGUCAAGCUUGAAGCAAAAUAACUGUUUGUAGUUGCUAUUUUGCUCUCAUUGACAUUUGGACGACAAUUUUAAUUCAGUCUAGUGAAAGUACAGCUUGGUAAAAUAAAUCUAAAGUAGCCUUUCGGGUGCAACAGUCUGCAGAAGCCACAGUUGAUCUCCAUCAUGGGCAUCUCCAUCGUGAUCUUGUGUUGUAGAGGUGUAUAGUAAUGUAAAGUUAGAUAUUGGCCCACAGGAACAUUGCAUGCAGUUCCAGUAACAUCUACGAAGUGAAGUGAAGUUGGUACUGCUCACCCAGCUAGUUUUUUGCGCAGAAGAAGCCGCCUGACGUCGUGUUACUGUGAAUGCUUCAGCUUUCUGUGAAGUUCUGGCAUGUUGUCGUGGUACCCGUUAAAAAAAAAAAAAUUAAAAUAAUACGUAAACUCCCCUUUUGGAUUUUCAUCUCAGCAGCUUAAAGAAAAUCAAGAAUUUUGGGUUUAAUUUCAUUUGAAUUGUUGGGGGAGUUUUGGUUAUUCAGCGUCAUGUUAAAUUAUUUGCUUUUUAAAUAAUCUAGGCAUGUUAAUAAAUGUUGCGCUGAGGUGACUUUUUCUCUUUUUAUAAAAACAGGGAGAUGUCAUUUUGCAUAACAAAACAACUUCUAAAUACACGGUUUGCAUGCAAUUUACUAACAACAAGCAUUCUUUUUUCCCAAAUGUCUUAUUUUUUUCUGUCUGUAUCAUGUUUUUCCUCAAUAACUGGCCAAAUAUGAACGGUUUUAUUUUACAGAUAGUGUUGAGCUUUAAAUGCAUUCCAAAUUAUUUUUAUUUCCUGUUGUCUUAAAGCAUUUUAAAGCCAAAUUUGCUUUUAACUAUGUUGACUUUUUGUUGUGCAACCAGUCUGAAAGCCAUCAGCUCAUGAUCUCGAAUGCAGUAAGUUCCCAUAAGUGUGUUUGUUUUCUUAACAAAAUGUUGUGCCGUUUACUGUAAGUCAUUCCAGUGUGGUGUGCCUGUGGGUGUCUUUCCAGAGGAAGGACGGUAGUUUGCUGAAGAGGUCCAGAAAGAUGCUGAUUUGUUUGUUGUUUUCGCUUAAAGUCUUAAUACUUUGUAACCGGACACUAAAACGUACACAGUGCCUGCAUUGGUAUUGGUGUGAAUGCUUCACAAUGGUCAAAAUUAAAGAUUUCUUCUUGUAGUAAACAUUUUAGUCCUCUAACCAGAAUAGCAUAUCAGCAGCAUUAAUAAGAUCGGUCCAACUACGUGCUGUAUAUUAACCAAUAAAGGCCCAUCUAAAUGAUGGAAACAACAUUUUCUACCUCAACAAAAAGCAGUCAAAUGGAAAAGAAAACUUUAAAAACUCCUAGCAAAAACAGUCCUGCCCACACAAGCAGACUUUAAAAUUAAACCUCAAACUUUCCUCUGUCCAACAGCAUUAAUACUCACUGAACCACGAGCUGAAGAAAAGGAAAAUAAUGCUUAUUUCACAAAGCCAAAAACAUAAAUGGCGUCUUACCUUUGCUGUUUUAUGGUAAUAAUUCAUGGUGGAGUAAAUAUUUCCACUCGGCUCCUGUAAUUUUUUAUUUCUGUGUAAUUUCUGACUGGUUUCACCUUUUUUAGUGGCAGAUGCACCUCUUUCGCUUUGACUGGUGAAUGACGUUGUCGAUAAUUGACCGUUCAAUGGACGUGUCAAUCAUCCAAAUCACCCAGUGUACUCCAGACAUUUUCCUCCAUAGUUUAAAUUGUCUGAUCGGAGUACUGAAUGCUUUGACCCGCUGAGCUCAGAAUACUUGUAUCCUUUUAAUAUUGGUUUCAUUGCAGUUAUUAGAAUGACGAACCAUGGAUGAUAUACAAGUGGUAUGGAAUAACCUGAGAGAUUUCAAAUGGCACAGACUGUGCCAAAUUGUUCCAAAAUUGCUUAUUUGGAAAGUUCACCUAGAGUUUUAUCAACUAAUACGUCCCCAAAAUUUCUAUUUACUGGAGUUUGGUACAUUAAGUGGUCAGGUUAUAUACCGUGGUUUUCUAAAUGUUUUGAAUUGCGACUGCAUACUUUGAGCAGGAUAUUGGCAUCACAAAAUACUUUUUUUGUGGUAAAAUUACUGCUGUGUGCCAUACUCAUUUACUUUUAUUCAGUAAUAUGAGUGUAGAUUUUUAGACCCCUUAAGUUUUCCCUGGAGUCUUACUAUUGAUACCAAAACAAUUCAAAUUAACUUUACGUGCCAGAGAUAUAAUACAAUUUAUUUUGGGCCAUGCACUGCAGGGAAAUUUAACAAAAAUAGAUCAGACCUUUAGCAGUGAAAGAUGCAUUAGGUGAGAACGGAGAAAAAAACGUUAAUUGUUUACAUAAAAAAAAACAACAGAAUUUUUCUCAGGGUUGAAACUAAGCUGAACAUUCCGUCCUAAAAUCUUAAAAAAUAAAACCCCAAAACAGAAACUGUGGCUUUAUAAAAGCCAUAAAAAAGGUAUCAACAUGCAAAUUGAGUGACUCAAAGUCCAACUUUCCUAGAUAUAUUUGAACUUUAGUUGCUGUUUCUUCUGUAAUAUAGUGGAGAUUCAAAAAAAGGGCUGGGUAAUUUCUUUCUUUUAUUUUACUUUAUUUUCUCAUCUUUGUCAUUUUACUACCCUUUACAACUAAAUUACAAAAGAAAUCCUUAUUUUGUCCAUUUUAACUCCAAACGAUGCAGGCACUGUGUUGUCUUCCACUUAACCCGUCUUGUUCGUCCUGAACCCAACAUGAAGUGUUCGGUUCUUGUUUUGUUUUCUGUUGCCACUCGGCACCAUGCAUGUCACCGACUAACCCGACAGGAAAAGGAACAAACAUGUAAAAAAAUACUGACAGAACCCUUUACUGCAGGUCACUUGGCUUCUAAUCGUGACUUGUCGCAGUGUUUAGUGAUGUUGUAAAAAUUGUGAUGUAAACUAUAAAUUAUGAAAGACUCCCGAUCCGGCUGAGCUUGUGGACGGCCGGCAGGGUUUCGGGUUUUACGCAGGGCUGAAUGGUUCAGUCACGUCGAGUCUUACAGAGCGUGCUCAGUGUUUUUCGAUGGUUAGAUAGUUGUGUGUUAUUUACGAAUUGUUUGGUAUGUUGUGUGAAAUCUGCACUAUGUCUUGCAUAACAAAGACAACGAAUGCCCUGUGAUUGUUUUGUUUUGUUUUUUUUUCCUCGAAAUAACCAUGGCCUCUGUUUAAUGUCUUUAAAACUGGAAUGUUGUACAUUUAGUGCCUUUUACAUUUCAUCAGCUAACUUGAACAUCUGCUCAAAAAUAGAAAAUAAGAUUCAUUUAUUUUCCUUUUAUUGUAUGUAUUUUUUUAUACACAUAAUAUCGCCUCUGUAUCCACUGUUCAAAUUUUAUAUAAAACCUACUCCCGGUCAAUAAAACAAAGUUUCUGCUCGUUA